UUCCAACUACCUCUUCUCUCUUUAUUUAAUUUUCUCCAAAUUUUUCUCCCCUUCUUCUAGCAUAAAUACUGGAGGGAGAAGAUGAAAAAUGCACAUCUCCUUCUUUCACCAUCACCAUAUCAUUGCUUCUUCUUGGUAGCUAAAUCAGAAGCAACUGAAAAUUGCAGUUAGUUUGUAGUAGUCGAGUUAUGGAUGCGAGACAAUUUCACCCUGAACCUGCUGAUCCGUCUAUGCUAGAAUUUCAACCAAGGCAUCGAUGCACAUAUAUUUGGGACGACCCAAACUUUAAUGCCAAACUUAGUGGGUCUAGAUAUGACGGUAAAAUGUAUACUGAUGAACCUCGAGAGCCCCGAAUGAUUACAUAUUUAAGGGUCGCAGGGUUUUACGGUGUUGCAUAUUUAGGUCGUCGUAUUAAUAUCGAUCACAGCCUCAUCGCAGCACUUGUAGAGAGAUGGCCGCCAGAGGUGCAUGCCUUUCAUUUUCCAUUUGGUGAAGUGGGUAUAACACUUCAAGCCGUUGAAGUGUUAUUUGGUUUGAAGGUUGAUGGGCUUGCCGUCACUGGCAAAGACAAGCGUCCACCUAAUGAAUGGAUUGAGGAAUGUGACAGGUUGUUGGGUUUUCGGCCUACUCUUGAAGUCGUUACGACGAGCAAAAUAUUUGCUACCGCGUUACCAGCAGUGCCUGAUUUGAACGAGUGGCAUACUGAUGAAGAAGUAGAACAAGCUACUCGUCGCCUUGUUCUUCACUUGUUAGGAGGCUUUCUCUUUCCUGACACAACGAAGAAUAAGGUGAAGCUAUUUUUUUAAAAUUUUUUAAAUACCUUUGAAGGAUGCGGUCAAUACAGUUGGGCUUCUGCAGUAUUAGCGUAUUUGUAUAGUUCAAUGUGUCGUGCUGCCGACUUUGAGUCAUCCACAGCUUGCAGAUGCCUCAUAUUAUUACAGAUAUGGGCAUGGGAAAGACUACCUAUGGUGAGGCCCCAAGGAAUAUUGCCUU